AUCUAUCACUUUUGCUCAGGCGAUACAGAUCUUGGCGACGACCUCGUUAGGGUUCUUACUACAGGUUUACAUCUUCUGUUAUAAUCUGGAAAGGUUCGUACUUUAUCUGUAACUCGGUGUUGGGUUUGGGUGUUUCUGCAGCUUAGAAUUUCAAUCUAUGGGUAGGCACGAUAGUUCCUCCGAGGAAGAGGAGAGAGUGAGAAGAGAUAGAAGCCCAGAUGAGAGGCGUCGGGUUAGGGUUUCUGAUGAUGACGACCGUAAGAGCUCGCGAAGAGAUCUAGAGAUUGGUGGUGUUGCACAUAAGAUGAGAGCAGAUAGCUCCUCAGAUGAGGAAUCAGGUAGGCGGUCUAGGAAGAAUCGAGGAGAAGUAGACUCUGGUUCUGACGAUGAUAAAGGAAGAGAUAGAGAAGUGGAUGAUGAUACUGUUCGCGAGAGGAGGGCAAGUAAGGAUAGAGCUAGAGCAGGUACUUCUUCUGAUGAGAAGCAUCUUUCAAAGGGUACUGAAGAUGGAAGAAAAACUCGUAGAGGUUUGGACGAUGAAAAGGAAACAGAAGAGGUUGAGGGUGAUUAUGAAACGAAGAGAAGCAGGGAGAAGCAUGAUAGAGAGAGGGGUCAUAGGGGUAGUAGAGUCUUAGCUGAUAAGCCUUCUGGUAAAGAAGAUGACAGGCAAAAGAGCAGGAGAGGUGGGAGAGAAAGCGAGAGGAAAGGUAGAGAUCAUCAAGCAUCUGAUGACGAUGAGGAAGGUGAGAUUAGGAACAGGAGAAGAGGGAGAGAGAGGACUGAUAGAGGUAACGAAGGUUUCUUAAAGAGAGAUCGGAGAGAGAGAGACUGGUCUGAUAGGCAUCGGAGGGACGAUGGAGGUAGAGAUGAAAAGGAGAGGCGACACAGUGACAGAUACAACGAUAGCCAAAGAGACAAGUUGAGAAAUGAAGACAAGAGUGAAGUUGCAAAGCCCAAGCUGCCAGAACUCAAUCCAUCUGACAGCAAUGCUAUGGCCUUGGGGAAAACUGGUGGAGUUUAUAUCCCUCCGUUCAAGCUAGCACGCAUGAUGAAGGAGGUGGAAGAUAAGAGCAGUGUAGAGUAUCAGCGUCUAACAUGGGACGCUCUCCGUAAAAGUAUUAACGGGCUGGUCAAUAAAGUCAAUGCCAGUAACAUCAAGAACAUAAUCCCUGAACUGUUUGCUGAGAACCUCAUCAGAGGAAGGGGACUUUUCUGCCGUUCAUGCAUGAAGUCUCAAAUGGCGUCUCCUGGAUUCACUGACGUCUUUGCAGCUCUAGUGGCUGUUAUCAACGCCAAGUUCCCUGAAGUUGCUGAACUUCUAUUGAAAAGGGUCGUUUUGCAGCUUAAGAGAGCGUAUAAGCGUAAUGACAAGCCUCAAUUGCUAGCUGCUGUUAAGUUUAUAGCACAUCUAGUGAACCAGCAAGUGGCUGAGGAAAUCAUUGCACUUGAAUUAGUCACUGUACUUCUGGAAAACCCGACUGAUGACAGUGUCGAGGUGGCUGUUGGAUUCGUUACAGAGUGUGGUGCGAUGCUUCAGGACGUUACACCAAAAGGAUUGCAUGGGAUUUUUGAGCGGUUUCGUGGUAUACUGCACGAGGGAGAGAUAGAUAAGAGAGUUCAGUAUUUGAUUGAAGGACUCUUUGCUAUUAGGAAAGCGAAGUUUCAGGGACAUCCUGCUGUUCGUCCUGAGCUGGAUCUUGUGGAAGAAAAAUAUUCGCAUGAUAUUUCUAUUGAUGACGAAAUAAAUCCUGAAACCUCUCUUGAUGUUUUCAAACCUGAUCCUGACUUCCUAGAGAACGAAAAGAAGUACGAGGUCCUGAAGAAGGAAUUACUUGGUGAGGAUGAGUCUGACGAUGAAGAUGGCUCUGAUGCUAGUUCAGAGGAUAACGAUGAUGAGGAAGAUGAUUCUGAUGAUGAAGAAGAUGAAGAACAAAUGAGAAUAAGAGACGAGACAGAGACCAAUCUUGUUAAUCUUAGGAGGACAAUAUACCUGACCAUUAUGUCUAGCGUUGAUUUUGAGGAAGCAGGUCACAAGUUACUUAAAAUUAAACUUGAACCAGGCCAAGAGAUGGAGCUAUGCAUAAUGCUCCUGGAAUGUUGCUCUCAGGAGAGAACGUACCUGCGUUACUACGGUUUGUUGGGACAGCGUUUCUGUAUGAUCAACAAAAUUCAUCAAGAGAAUUUUGAGAAAUGUUUUGUUCAGCAGUACUCAAUGAUCCACCGGCUUGAGACGAACAAGCUGCGUAAUGUGGCUAAGUUUUUCGCCCAUUUACUGGGCACAGAUGCACUCCCCUGGCAUGUGCUCGCCUACAUUCGCUUAACUGAGGAGGACACAACUUCGUCGUCCCGUAUCUUCAUUAAGAUCCUUUUUCAGGAAUUGUCAGAACACUUGGGGAUUAGGCUGCUUAAUGAGAGGCUUCAGGAUCCAACAAUGCAAGAAUCACUUGAAUCCAUCUUUCCUAAAGACAAUCCAAAGAACACGAGGUUUGCAAUCAACUUCUUCACCUCCAUUGGUCUUGGAGGCAUCACGGAGAAUCUGAGAGAGUACCUGAAGAACAUGCCACGGCUCAUCAUGCAACAACUGAAGCAAGUUGCAGAAUCAGAAUCAUCGUCUGGAUCCGACAGUUCUGGUUCUGAGUCAGAUUCAUCGACUUCUUCUUCUUCUUCUUCUAGUUCGGAUGAAAGCGACAGAGAUAAGAGGAAGCGAAGAAGAAGAUCUUGAGAGAGAGAGUCUGUUUUUUUUGUCAAUUUUCAACGAAAAAAUCUUCAAGUUCUUGUGUUGGGUUAUUGAAUCUUGAAUUUACAUGAGCAGUCAUUUUGGUUCUGUUAUUGCAUAAGCUGAUGAACAAAGAGACUAGACUAUAAGCUAAGACGAUCAAGAUUGUGAACAGAAAUGUUUUCUUUGUUA